AUGCGUCUGAAGGAUAUCAGAUUGGUUUUAGUUGGGUUAUUUACCAUCUCAGUGACAUAUUUCUUAAUAUCAACAUUUUUUGGAUCUAAUUCUAAUAGAACUAGUAUAAAUAUAUCUAAAUUACAAUUUGAAAGAGAAUUAGAAUCAAAUCCAAAUUGGAAACAAGAAGGAUUAAAUUUUAAACCAACUCAAAAACUUCAAAUUGAUGAAUCAAGUAUAAUUCGUCAACAAUUAUCAAAAAGAUUUCCAUAUGAUUUAAAUUCACCAUUUCCUAAAAAAAUUUGGCAAACUUGGAAAGUUGGAUUAAAUGAUGAAACAUUUCCUUCAAGAUAUUUUAAAUUUCAAAAAAGUUGGGAUAAAAAAAAUCCAGAUUAUAAACAUUAUAUUAUACCUGAUGAUGAAUGUAAUGAAUUAAUUGAACAAUUAUAUGAAGAAAUUCCUGAUGUUUCAAAAGCUUAUAAAAUUAUGCCAAAAUCAAUUUUAAAAGCUGAUUUUUUCAGAUAUUUAAUUUUAUUUGCUAGAGGUGGUGUUUAUACUGAUAUUGAUACUGUUAGUUUAAAACCAAUAGAUGAAUGGAUUUCAAAUAAUGAGAAAUAUUUAAAUAAAAAAAAUAAUCUUGGUUUAGUAGUUGGUAUUGAAGCUGAUCCUGAUAGACCUGAUUGGGCUGAUUGGUAUGCUAGAAGAAUUCAAUUUUGUCAAUGGACUAUACAAUCAAAACUGGGUCAUCCAAUGUUGAGAGAAUUAAUUACUAAAAUAACUGAAAUUACUUUAAAUAGACAAGAAAAUAAUCAAUUAAAUAAAGUUUUAGGUAAAGAUGAAGGUGGUGAUAUUAUGAAUUGGACAGGUCCUGGGAUUUUCACAGAUACUGUUUUUGAUUAUAUGAAUGCAAUUUUACAAUCUCCUGAAGUUAUUACUGGUAAAUAUAAAUGGGAAACUAUUAUUGAUUGGAAAGUUUUUACAGGAAUGGAACAACCAAUUGCUAUUGAUGAUGUAUUAGUUUUGCCAAUCACUUCAUUCAGUCCAGAUGUUAAUCAAAUGGGAUCAAAAAGUUCUAAAGAUCCAUUAGCUUAUGCUAAACAUAUGUUCCUGGGAAGUUGGAAAGAUGAUGGAAUGCCAGAAAUGGAAGAUUAA